AAGAAGAGAGGACAAGCUGCGGGACACGUUUGUCCCUCUUCUUUUUUUAUAUUUACAGGGCUUCAGUUUCUUUCUUUCUUUGUGGGAAUAACUCGAUCUGCUCGGUGUUUGAUUUGGAGCUGAAGCUCUCCAAGGCUCCAUUUGGGACCGACAGGGUGCCUGGAGGUGUCAGAGUCAUGCCGGCCGGGUUUCAGCAGCUCGAAGGGGAGGCGGUGACUGGAACCCUCGCUCUGUCAGUCUUCACCGCUGUUCUGGGAUCUGUGGCGUUUGGAUAUAACAUCGGAGUCAUAAACGCCCCUCAAAAGAUCAUCGAGGCGGACUACAACGCAACAUGGGUGCACCGGUAUGGAGAACCCAUCCCCGCAGGGACCCUGACCUCCCUCUGGUCACUGUCUGUAGCCAUCUUCUCCAUUGGAGGCAUGUUCUCCUCCUGCUGUGUGGGUUUCAUCUCGGAGUGGCUGGGACGGAGGAAAGCGAUGCUCGCAAACAACUUUUUGGCCUUCGUGGCUGGAAGUCUGAUGGGAAUGUCCAAACUCUGUCGCUCCUUUGAAAUGCUGAUCCUGGGGCGCUUUGUCAUCGGUGCCUACUGCGGGCUGGCAUCUGGUUUAACACCCAUGUACGUGGGUGAGAUAGCACCUACAAGUCUUCGAGGUGCUCUUGGGACGCUGCACCAACUGGCUAUAGUUACUGGCAUUCUCAUCGCACAGAUUCUGGGUCUGGAGUCGUUGCUUGGCAGUGAAGACUUGUGGCCCGUUCUGUUGGGUUUGACUGUCGUUCCGACCGUACUUCAGAUGGGUCUGCUGCCCUUCUGCCCCGAGAGCCCUCGAUUCCUCUACAUCAUCCGGUGUCAGGAGCACCAAGCCAAGAGAGGCUUGAGGAGGCUAACGGGCCGACAGGAAGUGGGUAACAUGCUGGCAGAGAUGAAGGAGGAGAAGAGGAGGAUGGACAUGGAGAGGAAGGUGUCGAUUCCUGAACUCUUCCGUUCGCCUCUUUACCGCCAGCCCAUCAUCAUCUCCAUCCUGCUGCAGCUCUCUCAACAGCUUUCUGGAGUCAAUGCAAUUUUCUACUACUCCACCAGUAUCUUCAUGAAGGCAGGAGUCCAGAGUCCAGUCUACGCCACCAUAGGAGCAGGAGUGGUAAACUGUGCCUUCACUGUAGUUUCGCUUUUUCUUGUGGAGAGGAUGGGUCGACGGACACUUCACAUGUUGGGACUAGGAGGAAUGUGUAUUUGUGCUGUCAUCAUGACUGUAGCACUGGCUACACUGGUGAGGACACACAAAAUGCAAGUGUGGGUCUAACCUAGCAGUAUUACGAAGUGCAGCCAACUUCUCUUUUCUUUUACUUAACAGGACAAAAUUGCUUGGAUGAGCUACAUCAGCAUGCUAGCUAUCUUUGGCUUUGUGGCCUUCUUCGAGGUGGGUCCAGGUCCCAUUCCUUGGUUCUUUGUUGCGGAGCUGUUUUCUCAAGGUCCAAGGCCAGCUGCCAUGGCUGUGGCAGGCUGUUCCAACUGGACGGCCAACUUCAUCAUUGGCAUGGGCUUUCAGUAUGUGGCGGACCUCUGUGGGCCGUACGUUUUCCUGAUCUUCGCAGCACUGCUCUUCUUCUUCCUCAUCUUCACAUUCUUCCGUGUGCCAGAGACCAAAGGAAAGACCUUUGACCAGAUUGCAGGCAACUUUAACCAACACUCACCUGGAAGGAUGAUGGAUAUGGAUAUGGACAUGGAUUUGGACAAGCCCAGCACAGAACUAGAUUAUUUGGGGGAAGAUGGCAUCAACUGAAGCGUCGCUAUCAAAUAAAAACUGAACUCACAAGCUGGAGUUAACUUUCUAUGGGCACUGGCUCAAAACUUUUAUUCCCCGACAUGUGUUUUGACUGUACUCAUAUAGGUUGUCGUGCCAAAGUGUUGUUGAGUUUGGAUGUUUUAAAAAGGUCUUUGGCUGGUACCACAUCAGUUGAUUAGUGAGUUUUGCCUCGACGACUGUAAUCCUGAGGGUUAGUGAUUGAUUGUUGUACGUCAAACAAAAAUUAUGAACUUUUGAGGCAGCGACUGCCAGGGUGAUGGGAUUUUAUUCCAUGCCGAUGCACCCAGCUGCAGUAUUCACAGACGAAGGAGAAACUUUGGAAUUCCUGCACUUUAUAAACAAAGACGUAUCCAAAGAUUACCAAAGCUUGGAGAUAAAGUGGAUCCUGUAUCACUUGUGAUGGGAACACGGAGGAAGAUGGUAAAAAUGGUAAAAAUGGAUAUAGGUGGCAAAUAUCACAUUUGAACAGAAAUGUGGGAUUGUGUAACCAUUUGGUUUAAGAAUUUUUGUUCUAGAAUUAUACAGAUAGCAGCUUUAGACAAAUAUUGCUUAUACAUAUAUUUUAUAGAAACAUGGAAAUUUCUGCAAGGACGCACUCCAGAAUUUAAUUAACCAGAUUCAUGUG